CACAAACAAAUCCCAGGACGGUCAGUGUGAGAAAUGACUUUCUAGGAAGGAUCCUCCAGCAGUCAUACGAGCCCAAACCCAAUCCCAAUCCCAAUUUCAGUUUUAGUUUGUAAACCCAAUGCAGUAGUGCGACUGUCAACGGACACCGAUCGUGGGCAUCGAUAUUUUGGAAAUGCAGCGCCAGGCGACAGAUGGCACACGCUUUUUUCGGACGAUUUGGAAUCCAUACAAGCAGCAGAACAACAAACAGCGUGUGUGGCUCCUUUUUUUUUGGAUGCGCUCGUGGGUGGGUGCAAUAGAAUUGCGAGUGAAAGCGGUGGCAGCUGGUGUUGGAGAUGCAGGCGCCAGAGUCAAGGCUGUGCCAAGACACUUUUUGUGGGUCGGACUUUGAAACUCUGAAAUUUCGCGCCGAGAAUAGUCGAGUAUAAAUCGAUAGGUGGCCAUUCUGGUAAAAAUUUGUUCUGGCAAUGCUUUGAAUUCGGCGCGCAUUUCAAAGUUAGCUGCCGGCGUUGCCACUCUUCCCGUCUGAAAUAAGAGAGGGUCACACUAUCGCGCACAUGUUUUUGUUGACAAACCAAAUCGCAAGAUGUCUCGAAAGAAGUGGUCUUCGCUGGACAAACCGCCGCUCUCAGAUGCAGUGCUUCAAGUGGUGCAGAGCUUCGGCUUCCAGCAGAUGACGCCCGUCCAGACGGCGGCCAUUCCACUGCUCCUGGCCCGGAAGGAUGUGUCCGCGGAGGCAGUUACAGGUAGUGGUAAAACACUGGCUUUCCUUGUGCCCAUGCUAGAAAUCCUGCAAAGACGCCACAAGGAGACCCCAUGGGGCCCCAAGGAAAUAGGUUCCCUCAUCAUUUCACCAACUCGGGAACUGGCGCGCCAAAUCUCCGAAGUUCUAGCCCAGUUUCUGGACCACGAAGACCUCGAGCACCUGAAUCAACAGUUGAUUGUAGGUGGCAACAGCAUAGAAGAGGACAUAGCCACGUUGCGUAAGGAAACGCCCUGUAUAUUGGUGUGCACCCCCGGUCGACUGGAGGAUCUAUUUCAGCGCAAAGGAGAUGAUCUUAAUCUGGCGGCUCGGGUGAAGAGUUUGGAGUUUCUGGUCCUUGACGAAGCUGACCGCCUGCUCGACUUGGGCUUCAAAACAAGUGUGAAUAACAUAUUGGGCUAUCUGCCCCGCCAACGUCGAACUGGGCUCUUCUCCGCAACACAGACUACCGAGGUUACGGACUUAAUCCGUGCGGGUUUGAGAAAUCCGGUACUCGUUUCAGUUAAAGAGAAGGCCUCCGUAAACACGCCAGCCCGCCUGCAGAAUUUCUACAGGAUUGUGGAGCCAGAACUCAAGUUUGUGGCCCUGCUGGAGUUCCUUAGUUCACCCGUCACCGAUAUUGGAAAGGUGAUGGUGUUUUUCCCCACAUGCGCCUGUGUGGAGUAUUGGGCUGAGGCCCUGCCGCCUCUUCUGCCCAAACGCACUGUGCUAGGAAUCCACGGAAAGAUGAAAAACAAGAGGGCCAAUGUGGUGGAGAAGUUUCGCAACACUGCACAGGCCGUACUCCUCUGCACGGAUGUCCUCGCACGUGGCUUGGAUGUACCUGAGAUCGAGUGGGUAGUGCAAUGGGAUCCACCUUCAACUGCCUCCAGCUUUGUACACCGUGUGGGACGCACUGCUCGGCAGGGAAACGAGGGCAAUGCCCUGGUGUUUCUCCUGCCCAGCGAGGAUGCUUAUGUGCACUUCCUGAAGAUCAACCAGAAGGUGGAGUUAACUGAACUGCUUAGCGAGGAGGAGCAAGAUGCAGAUCGAGAAAAAAAGGAACUACCCGCCGUCUUAGAUCAACUCCAUCGGCUGCAGGCAGCCGACAAGGGCGUCUAUGAUAAAGGCAUGCGCGCUUUUGUUUCCCAUGUAAGAGCAUAUACCAAACACGAAUGCAGCGCUAUUCUCCGACUAAAAGAUCUGGAUCUGGGCAAGAUGGCCACUGCUUACGGUCUCCUGCAACUGCCGCGCAUGCCGGAGCUGAAGAACUACCAGGGAGGCGGCUAUGUGGCGCCAACUUUUGAAGUGGACCUAACCAAGCUUACGUACAAGAACGCCCAGAAAGAGCAAGUUCGACAGCAGAAAAUGGAAACUUACGAGCAAACGGGAAGCUGGCCGGGCCAAAAGCAGCACAAAAAGCGUGUAGAGUCCUGGGAUCAGACUAAGAAGGCAAAACUGGAUGCCAAGUCCAAAAAGGAGCUGCGCAAGGCGAAGAAACAGCGAAAGAAAGCGGCAGAGGCCGAGGCGGGUGGGCCUGGAAAAGGGAAGAAGAGGCAGCAGUUUAGCCAGGAGGAUCUCGAUGAGCUAGCCAGCGAUAUUCGGCUCUUCAAGCGGCUCAAAAAGAACAAGAUCAGCGAGGAAGAAUUCGACAAGGCCAUGGGCAUCGAAGGGGACAAUGAUUAACAUGCUUUGGGGCUGCUUUUUAUGUAGAAUAAAAAAUGUUUACGGAAAUUUGUAUAUGUAUUUAAAAGAAAUAUAUAUUUAAGUAUAAAUACAUACAUAAGUAUAUCAAA